UGGUCAGAGUCUUCUCUUUGAAUUCUUUCUAUCUGGCUUCCUCACUUGUCCUCUCUCUAUAUUAAAAAUGUAUUGGUUAUUCCAUUCGGUGUUGAGAACACCAACGUGUGACGAUAAACUCCGUUUGUGAGACGGAACACAGAACACGGGCAGCCUUGGGGAUGAGGAACAGCUGUGAUUUGGGGCACAAGUCCAAAGCAUGACUUCACGCUGCUCUGUCCGGUUGCAUUUCUCCCCGCUCUCUGGCUGUCUGUGCAGAAGUGUCUUCAUCAGUCUCUCUCUGUCGAUUUGCAGGAAGCCUUAAGCAUACUUCAAUGGCCGAGGACGAAUGGAGUCCAUCCGGUGGCUCUUGGCCGCAGCAGGAGUAGAGUUUGAAGAAGAACUUUUUGAAACACGUGAAGAAUUUGAGAGAUUAAUCCAAGGUGGAACCCUGAUGUAUGAACAAGUGCCCAUGGUCCAAAUCGAUGGAAUGAAUUUGGUAGAAACCAGAGCUAUCCUACGAUACCUAGCUGCAAAAUACAACUUGUAUGGAAGGAACCUACAGGAACAAGCCUGGACUGACAUGUAUGUAGAGGGCUUGAGGGACCUGAGCAACAUGAUUCUGUUCUUUCCACUCUCCCUGCCUGGAGAAAAGGAGAUGAAUCUUGACUACAUCCUUGAAAAAGCCACUACAAGAUUCUUCCCUGUCUAUGAGAAGGCACUCAGAGACCAUGGGCAAGAUUUCCUCGUGGGCGAUCAGCUGAGCUGGGCUGAUAUACAGCUCCUUGAAGUCAUCUUAAUGGCGGAAGAGUGCAAAGCUAGUGUCCUAGCAGGCUUCCCUCUGCUACAGGAAUUCAAGGCCAGAAUCAGCUGCAUUCCCACAAUUCAUAAAUUUCUGCAGCCUGGGAGCCAAAGGAAGCCUCCACUAGAUGAAGUUUCCACUGAGACUGUGAAGAACAUCUUCAAAUUUGAACGCGGCAUUUUUCUUAAAAACAUGGGCACUAUAGUAGCCGAGUAUUAGCAAGCAAAGAGUUCUCAAGAACUCGUAUAUGUUUCACUUUGCUUUCACAGCAGUGCCUAGAGCGAUACCAUCAGGCUGCUUUAAUAAAGUAAUAAACAAAAGGAAAUAAACUACCAAAUACUUUGUAAAUCAGACAACUCUUUUCCAUAAAACAAUAGAACGCCAAUAAAUCAGAAUCAUCCAAAGAAAGAUUCUUCUGCAUUCUACUUUUUUGCAAAAGAGUAAAAUUGUAAAUAAGUCAAUAGAUCUCAAGGGCUUCUUUAAAAAAACAAAACACCCCACAAAUACAAAUAUUGUCACUCACUUCCAUAUCCUUUUGGAAUAAGCCCAGA